AUGAGUUCAUAUUUCGUCAACUCACUCUUUUCCAAAUAUAAAAGCGGCGAGUCGUUACGUCCGAAUUACUAUGAGUGUGGCUUCGCGCAGGACCUCGCUGGAAGCCGGCCCACUGUAGUCUACGGUCCGGGCUCCGGUGCCACCUUCCAGCACGCUCCACAGAUCCAGGACUUCUAUCACCACAGCGCCUCAACACUGCCCAGCAAUCCGUACCAGCAGAGUCCUUGUGCGGUGACGUGCCACGGCGAAUCCGGCAACUUCUACGGAUACGACGCCCUGCAAAGGCAGACGCUAUUCGGGGCUCAGGACGCAGAUUUAGUCCAAUACAGCGAUUGUAAGGUGGGAGGCGCUCCGGGACUCGGCAGCGAGGACGCGGACGGAACCGACCAGAGUCCUUCCCCGACACAGCUGUUUCCCUGGAUGAGGCCGCAAGUAGCUGCCGGAAGGAGGCGAGGCCGGCAAACGUACAGCCGUUACCAAACUCUGGAACUGGAGAAGGAGUUCCUGUUUAACCCGUACUUGACCCGAAAGCGCCGCAUUGAGGUGUCGCACGCGCUGGCUUUGACGGAGCGACAGGUGAAGAUCUGGUUCCAGAACCGCAGAAUGAAGUGGAAAAAGGAGAACAACAAGGACAAAUUCCCCAGCAGCAAGAGUGAACAGGAGGCAGUGGAGAGGGAGAGGCGGGAGAAGGAGCUCCGGGAUGGCGGGGCGGCCGGCGGAGAGGGCGGAGGCGGAGGAGGAUCGGCGGCGGUAGCGGGAACAGCUGGAUCGCAGGCCGCUUUGAGCGACGAUAUCUGUGAAAAAACCCAUAAGCAAAUGUAG